GUGGUCUACUAUUUUAGUUUACUUUGCAGAAGCUGUUCAUGGGUGGAGCAAUCCUGAUUUCCUAAACUGACUUUCAACUUCCCUUUGGAGCAAGUCUUUCCCUGCUGUGACCACUGUUCAUAGCAGAGAGAAACUGGAUGGUACAGCACACACUUCUCUUCAAGUCAAUUGGUCCCGGAAAGAUCCAAAAUAUGAGACUGUCAGCAAGAAUUAUUUGGCUUAUAUUAUGGACUGUUUGUGUAGCAGAAGAUUGUAAAGGUCCUCCUCCAAGAGAAAAUUCAGAAAUUCUGUCAGGCUCGUGGUCAGAACAACUAUAUCCAGAAGGCACCCAGGCUACCUACAAAUGCCGCCCUGGAUACCGGACACUUGGUACUAUUGUGAAAAUAUGCAGGAGUGGAAAAUGGGUGGCUUUUAACCCAUCCAGGAUAUGUCGGAAAAGGCCAUGUGGGCAUCCCGGAGAUACACCCUUUGGAUCCUUUAGGCUGGAAGUUGGAUCUCAAUUUGAGUUUGGUGCAAAGGUUGUUUAUACCUGUGAUGAUGGCUAUCAACUGUUGGGUGAAAUUGAUUACCGUGAAUGUGGUGCAGAUGGGUGGAUAAAUGAUAUUCCAAUAUGUGAAGUUGUGAAGUGCUUACCUGUGACAGAAGUCGAAAAUGGAAGAAUUGUGAGUGGUGCAGCAGAAACAGACCAGGAAUACCAUUUUGGACAGGUGGUGCGGUUUGAAUGCAACUCAGGCUUCAAGAUUGAAGGACAGAAGGAAAUGCAUUGCUCAGAAAAUGGUCUUUGGAGCAAUGAAAAGCCACGAUGUGUGGAAAUUCUCUGCACACCACCACAAGUUGAAAAUGGAGAUGGUAUAAAUGCGAAACCAAUUUACAAGGAGAAUGAAAGAUACCACUAUAAGUGUAAGCAUGGUUAUGUGCCCAAAGAAAGAGGAGAUGCAAUCUGCACAGGUUCUGGAUGGAGUCCUCAGCCUUCCUGUGAAGAAAAGACAUGCUCGCCUCCUAUUAUUCCAAAUGGUUUCUACACACCUCACAGGAUUACACACAGAACUGAUGAUGAAAUCAGAUAUGGAUGUAAUUAUGACUUCUAUCCUGUAACCGGAUCAACUGUUUCAAAGUGUACAAUNGAUGGCUGGAUGCCUGUUCCAAGAUGUACCUGUAAGCUUCGGAAAUGUGUUUUCCAUUAUGUGCAGAAUGGAAAAUCUUCAUACUGGGAAGAAAUAUAUAUGCAGGGUCAGUCUGUAAAAGUCCAGUGUCACAGUGGCUAUAGUCUUCCAAAUGNUCAGGACACAAUUACAUGUACAGAGAAUGGCUGGUCGACUCCUCCAAAAUGCAUCCUUAUCAAGACAUGUUCAGUAUCAGAUAUAGACAUUGAGAAUGGUUUUUUUUCUGAAUCUGAUGGUACAUAUGAUCUAAAUAGAGUAACAUCAUAUAGAUGUAAACAAGGAUAUGUGACAAAUACUGGAGAAACAUCAGGAUCAAUUACUUGCCUUCAAAAUGGAUGGUCACUUCAACCCUCAUGCAUUAAGUCUUGUGAUAUGCCUGUAUUUGAGAAUUCUGUAACUAAGAAUAAUAACACAUGGUUUAAGAUCAAUGACAAAUUAGACUAUGAAUGUUUUAUUGGAUAUGAAAAUGAAUAUAAACAGACCAAAGGCUCUAUAACAUGUACUUAUAAUGGAUGGUCUGAUACGCCCUCAUGUUAUGAAAGAGAAUGCAGUGUUCCCACUCUAGACACAAAACUAAUCGUUUCUCCAAAAAAAGACAAAUACAGAGUUGGAGAUCUGUUGGAAUUCUCUUGCAGUUCAGGACACCGAGUGGGACCAGAUUCAGUGCAAUGCUACCACUUUGGAUGGUCUCCUAGUUUCCCUACAUGUAAAGCAGGUCAAGUAGCAUCAUGUGCACCACCUCUUGAAAUUCUUAAUGGGGAAAUUAAUGGAACAAAAAGUGUUGAAUACAGACACGGUGAGGUGGUGGGAUAUGAUUGCAAACCUAGAUUCCUACUGAAGGGACCCAAUAAAAUCCAGUGUGUUGAUGGGAAGUGGACAACCUAUCCUGUGUGUGUUGAGGAAGAGAGAACAUGUGGAGACAUUCCUAAACUUGAGCAUGGUUCUGUCAAGGUUUCUGACCCUCCCUACUACCAUGGAGAUUCAGUGGAGUUCACUUGUGUAAAGACUUUCACAAUGAUUGGACAUGGGUCAAUUUUUUGCAUUAGUGGAAAGUGGACCCAGCUCCCUAAAUGUGUUGCAACAGAUCAACUGGAGAAGUGUAGAGCACCUAUUAAGUCAACUGACAUAGAAGCAAUUAAACCAGCUAAGAAUGAAUUUAAUCAUAACUCUAUCGUGGGUUACAAAUGUAGAGACAAGCAGGAGUAUGAACAUUCAAUCUGUAUCAAUGGAAAAUGGAAUCCUGAACCAAACUGUACAAGGAAAACAUCCUGCCCUCCUCCACCNCAGAUUCCAAAUACCCAAGUGAUUGAAACCACUGUGAACUACUUGGAUGGAGAAAAAUUAUCUGUUCUUUGCAAAGACAAUUACCUAACUCAGGACUCAGAGGAAAUGGUGUGCGAAGAUGGAAGGUGGCAGUCAUUACCUCGCUGCAUUGAAAAAAUUCCAUGUUCCCAGCCCCCUACAAUAGAACAUGGAUCUAUUAAAUUACCCAGAUCUUCUGAAGAAAGGAGAGAUUCCAUUGAGUCCAGCAGUCAUGAACAUGGANCUACAUUCAGCUAUGUCUGUGAUGAUGGUUACAGGAUACCUGAAGAAAAUGGGGUAACCUGCUACAUGGGAAAAUGGAGCACUCCACCUCGCUGUGUUGGACUUCCUUGUGGACCUCCACCUUCAAUUCCUCUUGGAAUUGUUUCUCAUGAGCUAGAGAGUUACCAACAUGGAGAAAANGNUACAUACCAGUGUUNUAAAGGCUUUGGAAUUGAUGGACCAGNAUUUAUUAAAUGNGAAGGAGGAAAGUGGUCUGAACCACCAGAAUGCAAAAAAACGGAUUGUGACAUUUUACCCACAGUUGAAAAUGCCAUAAUGACAGGAAAGAAAAAAAAAUCAUAUAGCACAGGAGAACAAGUGACAUUCAGAUGUCAACCUCAUUAUCAAAUGAAUGGCUCAGACACUGUAACAUGUAUUAACAGCCGGUGGAUUGGACAGCCAGUAUGCAAAGAUAAUUCCUGUGGGAAUCCACCACAUGUGCCAAAUGCUACUAUAGUAACCAAGACCAAGGCUAAAUAUCUACCUGGUGACAGAGUACGUUAUGAAUGUAAUAAACAUUUAGAACUAUUUGGGCAAGUGGAAGUGAUGUGUGAAAAUGGGAUUUGGACAGAAGAGCCGAAGUGCCAAGUUUCUGCCCCCUCCAAUUCUCUCAGCUUCCUCAAACUUCACCUCUCCCCAGAUACCCUCCCCUCUCCUUCCCAUUAG